AUGCAACUAUUUCCAUCUGUUGUCUCGUUGGCAGACAUGCGGGCUGUGUUGGAAUCGGAUCUGCUCAGUCUCGCUGCUUCUGCCGCGGGGUUUGGGCUGCUCUCGCACGUCAGUCUCUUUCGCACCAGUUUCCCGGUCGAAGACUAUCUCUUCGUACUAUUUUCAAUCUAUGCGGUCGCGGUGCUAUCGAUAGCAUAUGCGUACAUAGCCUUGACGCAAUUUUCGGUCGCUCAGGCUCUUCUUAGAGUGGUACUCAUCGCAUCCGCGUUCAACACGGGUCUUAUCUCCAGUAUUGGCAUCUAUCGAUUAUUCUUCCAUCGCCUGCAUCACUUUCCAGGUCCAGUGGGUGCCAAGUUAUCUCGCUUCUAUAAUGCCUACUUGGCAGGCAAAGAUCUCCAAUACAAUGUGGAGAUCGCAAGACUUCAUCACGAAUAUGGCGACUUUGUUCGAACCGGUCCACGUGAGGUCUGCAUUGCGCGAAAGUCCGCCAUACCUUUGCUCUUUGGGCCACAGUCCAAAUGCAGCAAGUCACCAUGGUAUGCCCAUAUCUCAACAAACCCCAAGUACUGCUCUGUGCACCACACUCGUGAUCAUGAUGACCACAGAAUGCGGAGAAAGGCGUGGGACCGGGGCUUUAACGUAAAAUCUCUCGGAAUAUAUGAGCCCCGGGUCAAAAGCAAGGCUGAUCUACUUGCCGCCCAUGUAGCAAAGAACCUGGGCCAACCUAUCGAUGUGACGGCUUGGACAAUGUUUCUUAGCUUUGAUAUAAUGGGAGACGUCGGGUUUGGCAAAGAUUUCCAUAACCUGACCACCGGUGUGGAACAUCCAGCGAUCAAAGGAGUCCAUGACCAUAUGGCCGCCGGUGCUACUCUAUUGCAGGUCCCGUGGUUCCUCUACAUACUCUGCCGUAUCCCUGGUGCCGUUUCUAGCUACAGAAGCUUUUUCAAGUGGUGUGCUGAUGAAAUUGAAAGGAAGCAGAAGACUUGGGAUGCAAACUCCUAUCCCGAAGAUGUCGUUUCAUGGCUUCUCAAAGCAUACGUGGAGAAAAGUGCUUCUGCUGCUCCUUCUCGCCUGGCACUGAAUGAAGACUCACGGGCAGUCAUUAUUGCGGGGAGUGAGACCACAGCCACCACCUUGGCGACCGUCCUGUACUAUUUGGCUAGGCAUCAAUCUGUGCUGGCCAAGCUCCAGCGGAAACUGGACGAGGCUAUGCCGGGCGGAGCAGAUGACUGGAGUUAUAAUAAGGUCAAGGAUAUCUCGUUUAUUGAUGACAUUAUCAAUGAAACCCUUCGUCUGCGCCCUGCUGUAAUGACAGGGGGUUAUCGUGUCACGCCAGCCGAAGGACUUCAGGUCGAUGAAGUCCAUAUUCCAGGAGACACCAUUGUUUUCGUUCCUGUCCAGCUAAUUCAGACUGACGAAAGGUACUACGAGGAGGCUAAGGAAUUCAUUCCAGAGCGAUGGAGUGAGAAAAGACACGAGAUGAAGACCGAUGGUGCCCCCUUCAUUCCUUUCCUGACAGGCCCUUAUAUCUGUCCCGGGAAGAACCUGGCCAUGAUUAGUCUGCGGACCAGCAUAUCGACCAUAGCCCAGCAGUACAACUUCUCGUUUGCGCCUGGCGAGACGGGAGAGGCUUUUGAAACGGGAGCACUGGAUACUUUUACUACGUGUCUGCCUCCUUUACAGCUUGCAUUCCAACGUCGUUAGAUGUAAUUAUCACAAAUUGUUGCGGCAUCCGUGUCUUAUUGGGUUCUUUAGCAAAUUAAC